AGUCAACAUCAGCAAUUGAGCAGGUUAGAGAUGUAGCUUACUUGUUUUGAGAUGCCAAAUUAGCUAAUUUCGAGUCCAUCCCUCUCUCAUAACUUGUUUUGCCAUGCCAAUUAGCUAAUUUGCUGUUCAUCCCUCUAUCAGUAGUCACAAAAAGGUAGAUUCAUAGAAAAAGAGAGAAAAAUCCUUCUCCACCCUGAUACAAACACACAGAAAAAAUAGCACACAUAAGUAGAUUGUUUCUGUCAGAAAAAUUACUUUAUCCUUGUACAUGAACUACAUUACAGUAGAAUCUGACAUGAUAUACAGAUCAUUUUAAAAUAAAAUCGCAGUUAAGCUGGCAUGUACAAAUACUAGAAAAAAGACAACAUGAACAAAAUCAAAAUAUACUACGCAUGUACUAGGUUUUGGCAAAUGCAAUAUAGCAUCAUGUCAGAAAGACCAUUAAAAACCUGUUACUUGAUUUACAGUUUCAUGAGUGCUGUGAUAGUACUAGGCAUGACAAUUAUUUCAAUAACUUCAAUCUCUAUACAGGGUGGCAGACCAGCAACUAUUGCAGAGGAAUUCUGGUAGAUGCAGAACUUGCAAAAUGAUAGUCGACUUGAAGUAAUUACACAGACAAAUGUGCAGGGAUCAUACACAGGGCUACUGAUAGAGCAGAUUAAAAAUUCACAAGAACAGGACAAGACAAAUGAAGUCCAACAGGGGCAACAAAUGAGUUUUGUGGAAAUGUUGACUCGGCCUUGUGGUUUUGAGGGGAUUAUAACUGAGCACUGCAAUCCUUCUGAAAUCUAUGAAGGGAAUGAUUCAGCCCGUGAAGAAUAUAGGGGUUACCAUGUACAGCUUGGCAACUGAAAAUGAUGAUAUUCUGAACAACAUAGCAGAUAAAGAUGUAUCAGAGGGUGGCACAACAAAAAUUAUUGAGCAAAAGCUUUUGCAUGAGGCAGAAUAUGCACAUUCGAGAGACUGGACACCGAGUUUUGGACAUAAACAUACAGAGGUUACCAUGUAUAGCUUGGCAAGUGAAAAUGAUGAUAUUAUGAAGAACAGAGCAAAUAAAGAAGCUAUGUCAGAGGAGGGGCCAGUAAAAAAUGUUGAGCAAAGCUUUUUGCAUGAGGCAGAAUAUGCACAUUCAAGAGAAUGGACACCGAGUUUUGGACAUAAACAUACACAGGAUGAAACUACAGAUUCAGAGACUGCUACCUACAACAACAACUGGAGAGAAGACAUAUUCAAUCAAAUGAGAGUGGACAAUGUGGAGAUUGACACAGGAUCUGGUUGCACUGGCAUAAACAUUGGUGGAGCUAAAUCAAACACAGAAACAGAAAAUGAUGCGGAUACAACCAGAGGGAGCCAGGAACUUACAGAGGAAGAAAUUGAAGAUUUCAUUCGCAGUGAGCAAAAGGCAGCAGCUGAAGGGAACAAUGCAGACACUGAGAGCAAAUAUACUCCGCAGAUUGGAAUGGAAUUUAAAGAUAGGAAUGCUGCUCAUCAUUUCUUCAGCUUCUAUGGGUUUAUUGCAGGUUUUGAAGUAGUUACUACCCAUACAGCUAGAACGACACACAAAAAAGGAAAGGUGAAAAUUUCAAGGUGGAAAUGAAAUGUCAUCGCUAUGGAAAAGAAAGUAAACAAGAAAGGAAAGAAGAAACUAAACAUGAAAUAAUUGCAGCAGUGGCUCAGAAAGGACCGAAGAGAAAAACAAAUGUCCAGGUCAAAACAAAUUGCCCAGUUGUAAUGGUGGUCAAGGAGAUCAAUGGUAUAUGGAGAAUUAUCAGGCUAGACCUUGAUCACAAUCAUGAGCUCAGCCCUGGCAAUAGGAAUCAACUUUUCAGUGGCAGGAAGUACAUGACAGAUAUGGAAAAAGCAAUGAUAAGAACAUUGAAUGACAAUAAUAUCCCAACAAGAAAAAUGAUAUCAAUUCUAUCAUAUCUGAGAGGAGGCCUCCUUGCACUACCAUAUAAGAAUAAAGAUGUAGCAAACUACAGGACAAAAAUCAAUCGAGAGGUGACUGGAAAUGAUAUGUCCAAGGCCUUGGAAUACUUUAGAAAUAGAAAAGCUAAAGAUCCUACAUUUUUCUACAAAUUUGAUGUGGAUGAUGAUAUGAAAGUCAAAAACUUAUUUUUGGAGAGAAGGCUCAUCACUGAAAUAUUAUGCAGAGUAUGGGGAUUGUGUUAGCUUUGAUACCACAUAUAUGACAAACAAAUACAACCUUCCAUUUGCUCCAUUUUGCGGUGUGACAGGUCAUGGACAUACAUGCAUGUUUGGGUGUGCGUUUUUUUCAGAUGAAAAGAUAGACACAUUCGUUUGGAUAUUUGAGAUAUUCCUAGAAUCAAUGGGUGGGAAACAUCCCAAAUCAAUAAUAACAUAUCAAGACAAGGCGAUGAGGGCAGCUAUAAAAGAGGUGAUGCCAAAUACAAGACACAAAAACUGUUUCUUCCACAUAAAAUACAAGUGUUACAACAAGAAUGGCAGAUGUUUUGCUGUAAAAGAAGAGCUACAAGAAGAAUUUGAGGACAUCAUAAACUACUCACUAACAACACAUGAAUUUGAACAUCUUUGGCAGAAAAUGAUUGCAGACAAAGAGCUUCAAAACAACAAAUACUUCACUAAAAUGUGGGAAAACAGAGAAAGGUUCAUACCUGUAUACUUCAAGGAUGAUUUCUUUCCAUUUAUCUAGAGCACAGAUAGGAGCGAAGGGACAAAUGCAAGGGUUAAAGAGAAUGUCAGUCAAACUUAUAGUAUAAUAAGUUUCCUAAGAGAGUUCCAAAGAAUAGUGGAUGGAAUUAACAUUAAAGAAGAUAUAGCAGACAAUCAAAGCAGAGAAAAAAGACCCAAGGAGCUCAUGUAUGGCUACAAUGUUGAAAAACAAGCCAUGUAUUUGUAUAACAAGAACAUAUUCAGAAAAUUUCAGUAUGAGCUACAACAAACAGAGAGACUCAAAUAUAAAGAAACAGAGAAAGGGAAGUGCUUUGAAGUUUGGCCCAAGAGUAACAAAAUUUACAAACCAUACAGACUAAGGAAGUACAUUGUGUUGACAGAGCUCACAAAAGGCAGAGAGGAAUUUAGCUGCAUAUGUGGCAAAUUCAAUAAGGAUGGCAUCCUAUGUUCACACAUACUAAAGGUGAUCGUUGAGGAAGAAAUCAAUGACAUUCCUGAGAAAUAUAUAAUUAAUCGAUGGAGAAAGAAAGACAAGAAGAUGAAUUUGCCACUUCCAGAAAUAGUUCCUAAAACACAUGAGAUGCUUAGAUACAAUAUACUGUCGCGGAAAGCUGCACUAAUAAAUUCUAAAGCUUCAAAGACAGAUGAGGCUAUGCAGUGAGUGAAGAAUUUGAGAGAAUAGACAAGACCCUUGAUGAGUUGCUUAGUACACCACUGCAACAAACACAGACUCAUCAAUCAAGAAUGCAAGAUAAUGGUAGUAUGGCAUAAGCGAGUUCAGCAAACUUACAUGAACUUGGACACCUUGAAGACCCUGAAAAGGUGAAACAGAAAGGCAGACCUUCACUGCCCACAAGGAUGAAACCGAUGAUAGAAGAAAUUAGAAGAAAGAUGGCAAAAGAGCAAAAGAAGAAACAACCAAAGAAGCAGAAAGCAACAGGUCCAAGUGCAAGGGCCACCAAGAAAAUGAAGAAAGGAGAUGAAGAUGUAACUGGAAGACCAAGUAAACAGUGCGAGUGGGGGGAGACCGGACAAAAAUAGAAAAGUAAUAGAAGUAUUAGAGAUCAUAAUGUUUGUGAAC